CUCAGCCGCGUUUAGAGGGAAUUGGCAGCCUUGAGUCAUCGUCCAUCGUCAUAACUAGCAAGUUAAGUACAAGUUCUUGGUUCUGUUCGUUCUCGGUUUUCUACCUCCGCUUGACCUGGUGACCUCUCACGUGCACGUCAUCCCAUCUUCUAUUCUUACUCCAUCUGAAGUCGUCAAUCUCACUACCACCAUCGAUAACAUGGCUCGUACCAUAAACAGUACAAGACGAGUACUUCGCGCCAAGUCUCACUGCGGCAAGGGUUAUAGAAGGUCGUUUGGGAUCCCUGCGCCCUCUAUCUCAACGAUAGUCACACGCUCUCAGACCAAGGCUCUUGCGCAAACACCCUCAAAACCCAAGUUUGGCAAAGGAGCAAAAACAACAAAGCGCCGCAAGCGUCUCGACCCCUGGUACCCCAAGCGCAAAGUCAACAAGAACCCCAAACCCCGCGCUCCACAACCAACACACUUCACAUGUCGGAUAUGCAUCUCGCACCUCCCCAGCGCGGACUUCAUCCGCUGGAUACCUCCCAAGCGCGCUAGAUACAGUGUACCGCUAGAUGUACCGCUUCCAUGCGUACCCCAUCUCGCCCGCAACCCCUCCCGUCGAAACAUCGACCCUAUCUGCAAGACCUGCGUAGGAUCCUUCAUGGCAGCCCAGCUCGAUACGCUCGGCGCCCGCAGAGUCGGGGUAGGGUGUAUCGAGCCCGGAUGUGAGACGCCCUGGCCCUGGGAAAUGGUGAUAAAGUACUUCCCCGUCUCCAAACUCGAAGCAUACAACCUCGCCUCCUUCGAACACUGGCGUACCGAUGCCGGGCUCUCCACCUGCCUCUCGCCCACCUGCGACUCCACUGGGCUCCUCGACCCCUCCGCGCCAGGCUAUCCGCAAGUCCAAUGCAACUCCUGCACCUUCCGCAGCUGCGCAUCCUGCCUUACGCCAUGGCACCUGGAUCAGACGUGCGCCGAAGUCAGCGCUGCCGCGAUGAAUGCCCAGAUGAGCGACGCUGAGAAAGACACCCUCGCGCUCAUGCAAUCUAAAGACGGCAAACGGUGUCCCAACUGCCAGCUCGUGAUCGAGAAAGACGGUGGGUGUCCGUCUAUGUACUGUGUUGGGUGUAAGAAGUAUUUCAACUGGGAGACAGCAGCGAGCGCUGUGCCGGGCACGAAGAAAGCGCUGCCGGUCGCGAGUGGGCAGGGAUACUGGCAGAUACCUGGGACGGUGGUGUGUGAGCUUGAUGGGCUGGAGGGGAAGGUACCUCCCGUGGACAUAAGUGCUUAUAAUUUUGGUGCGUUUCCGAUUCCGAUGCCUCUGCCUGAUGAGGACGAUAUGGAUCUGUAAGAUUCAUUGGGGGGGGGGGGGAUGUUACG